CCUUGGAUUCAAGUUCCUUUAUUGACUUAUAAUUUUCUAACCAUCCCAAUAUCAUUUGUUCAAUUCAUUGCAAAAUUUUUUCCCAGUUGUCAUCAACAACUUGUAUCCCCUUAUAUUAUUAUCUCCUCAUAUAUUGCUAACUUACCCCUAACCAAAAUCAAUUCAAUCCCAUUAUUUACUUUCUUCUUUGCUCUCUCUGCAUCUGCAAAUUUAUUCAAUAACUUACCAGUUACCCCUUCCCAUGCAGUUCAGGUAACUUAAAUUAAAUUAAAUUAAAUUAAAUAAAUAUAAAGAGUGAGAUAAAGUUAACACCAUCAAUAGUGAGGUACUCUGAGAUAUUGUCCGGAAAAGAUCAGAGAGGAAAAAGUAGAAGAUGAGAAAACCAAUGGAGAUUCAAGACAAUAACAAAGACGAGACAGAGAAAGGAUCAGAUACGGUAGGGAACAGAGUAACUUUCAGUGGUCCAUUAACACCAAAGAAAAGAAGAUCAAUCAAAGAUGAUGAUAAUAAUGAGUAUGUAGAGAUUACACUUGAUGUACGAGAUGAUAGUGUUUCUGUACAAGAUAUCAAAGGAGCGGUUGGUCAUCAAGAAGCAGCAUUACUAACGAGUCAUCUUGAGAAACCGCGUCCUCACACGCUUACAUCUCAGCUUUCGGCUAAGAUUAAGCAGUACUCACGUGAGCUUAAGCGUGUGGCGUCGUCGAAUCGAGGGUUUAAACAGCUUGAUAGGAGUAAAACUACGGCGGCGCGUGCGCUGAAAGGGUUGCAGUUUUUGAAUCAGAGUGUUGGGAAUGAUGGAUGGGCUAAAGUUGAGAGCCGGUUUGAGGAAUUUGCUGUUGAUGGUUUGUUGCUUAGAUCCCGGUUCGGCAAAUGUAUUGGAAUGAAUGAGAAAGAAUUUGCGGGAGAAUUGUUUGAUGCGUUGGCACGUAAAAGAGGCAUUGUUACUGGUACAAUUACCAAGACCCAAUUGCGUGAUUUUUGGGAACAGUUAUCUGAUCAAACUUUUGAUGCUCGUAUUCAAACCUUUUUUGACAUGGUGGAUAAGGAUGCAGAUGGCAGGAUUACUGAAGAGGAAGUCAGAGAAAUUAUCACACUAAGUGCAUCAGCUAAUAAACUUUCCACAAUUCAAACUAAUGCUGAGGAAUAUGCUGCCCUUAUCAUGGAAGAGCUUGAUCCUGAUGGUAUUGGCUUCAUUGAGCUCCAUAACUUGGAAAUGUUGUUGCUUCAAGCACCUUUACACUCAAACAAUACGGUCACAGAGAGCCGUAAGCUGAGCCAAUUGCUUAGCCAGAAGCUAGUUCCAACCAAGGAGCCGAAUCCUAUCAAACGAGGUGCCAGUAAGUUCGCCUAUUUUGUUGAGGAUAAUUGGAAAAGGAUAUGGGUCAUACUCUUAUGGUUCGGAAUAUGUGCUGGUCUCUUCACUUGGAAGUUCAUCCAAUACAAGAACCGUUACGUGUUUCAUGUCAUGGGCUAUUGUGUUACGUCCGCCAAGGGUGCAGCCGAAACCCUAAAAUUCAACAUGGCCCUCAUCCUUCUACCCGUUUGUAGGAACACCAUAACCUUCCUUAGGAGUCGAACAAAGCUAGGAAUGGCAGUUCCCUUUGAUGAUAACAUCAAUUUUCAUAAGGUGGUGGCUCUAGGCGUUGGGGUUGGGGUGGCCAUUCAUGCAAUAUGCCAUCUUACGUGUGACUUCCCAAGGUUGCUACACGCAUCAAAUGCCGAGUACGCUCCACUAGCAAAGUACUUUGGUGAAAGAAGGCCUCGUAAUUACUGGUGGUUUGUUAAGGGAAAGGAAGGAUGGACUGGAGUCAUUAUGGUUAUCUUAAUGGCCAUUGCAUUCACACUCGCCCAACCUUGGUUUCGUAGGAACCGGCUCAAGCUACCUAAGGCUCUUAAAAAACUUACUGGUUUCAAUGCAUUUUGGUAUUCUCACCAUCUAUUUGUCAUAGUCUAUGCCCUCUUGUUAGUCCAUGGGUGGUUUCUCUUCCUUAGCAAGGAAUGGUACAAGAAAACGACAUGGAUGUAUCUCGCUGUGCCAGUUCUAUUGUAUGCCUUCGAGAGGCUGAUCAGGGCACUUAGGUCUGGUUAUAAGACAGUGCAGAUAUCAAAGGUUGCGGUCUACCCAGGGAACGUAUUGUCAUUACAAAUGACGAAGCCCCAAAAUUUUAAGUACACUAGUGGACAGUAUAUCUUUGUAAACUGUGCUGAUGUUUCUCCAUUCGAAUGGCAUCCCUUCUCGCUGACUUCCGCUCCGGAGGAUGAUUAUGUGAGCGUGCACAUUCGAACAUUAGGCGAUUGGACUUCUCAGCUCCGAACACUCUUCUCCAAACUAUGUCAGCCUCCUACAAGUAGUGAUCAGAGUGGACUUCUUAGAGCUGAUAUCAACACACCUUCUAUUCCAAGGAUGCCUAGGCUCAAGAUUGAUGGUCCAUAUGGAGCACCAGCCCAAGACUACAAGAAAUACGAUGUUCUCUUGCUUGUAGGUCUUGGAAUUGGAGCAACCCCAUUGAUAAGUAUAGUGAAAGAUGUGCUCUACCACAUCAAGCAACGAAAAGAUAUGGAGCAGGGAUUAGCAGAUGGUUCGAGUAUUCACAGGAGGAAGCCUUUCAAUGUGCAACGGGCACAUUUCUAUUGGGUUACACGAGAGCAAGGAUCGUUUGAGUGGUUCAGGAGUGUGAUGAAUGAGGUGGCUGAGAAUGAUCAAGAGCAUGUGAUCGAACUCCAUAACUACUGUACGAGUGUGUAUGAAGAAGGAGAUGCAAGGUCGGCCUUAAUCGCAAUGCUUCAAUCUCUCCACCAUGCUAAAAAUGGAAUGGAUAUUGUGUCCGGAACUAGAGUAAAGACUCAUUUUGCUAGGCCAAAUUGGAGGGCGGUUUUCAAGCAUGUUGCUAUCAAUCACACUGAUAAAAGAGUUGGUGUGUUCUACUGUGGUGCACCCGGCUUGACUCAGCAACUAAGACAUUUAUCGCGAGAUUUUUCAAGGAAGACAUCAACAAAGUUCGAUUUCCACAAGGAGAAUUUUUGAGAAGUGUUUGCUGGGAUAUCAAUAGUUUCACACUUGCACUAUAAAUCCUAGUAAAUAUAUAUCCAGAAGCUAAGUACCUAAAAUAUUCUUUGAUUAGUAUGGAUUUGUUAUUUUUUUUUUUUGCUUCAAAUUAAAUUAUACUUCCUCUUCAUAUUAGAGUUGAAGAUGGCUUACAAUCUUGCACAUCUUUGUCCAAAUGUAAUAUAUAAAUAAUAGGAAAAGUUAUAUGAAGAAUUUUUUUGAGUAGUAUUUUCAAAUAUACAAUGAUUCAAAUAGAUAGAUCAAGUAUACUUCAUAUACAAAGCCAGAGUUUUUGAUGUUUGAUGUAAUAGCUAAAAUACAGACUUAAUGUUCAUCAUUUUUCUUAUAGUUAAUGGAAGUUUGUAUUUGGG